AGCAAGGGAGACUGUCCUUACCGAUGCAGUCCUCGGAAUCAGAAGACUGCGCUUAAGAUUCCAAUUGACAUUUUUACCCUACAGUAUGAUCUCGAGGCACGUGUGAACAUGCAAGCUAUGGCCAGGAACUAACAUCCUAUGACGGAAUCCUCGGUUCGACGGCUCGCUCGGGAUCAAGUUACGGGAGCGGGCAAUUGAUAUCCAGAACCCGUUGCGAUGGCUUCAGAUAGUACCCAAUCUUUUCAGAUCAUCUCGUCUCUUCGUUAUGACCCGUCUCUUCCAGCUGUCGUGGCCCGGCACGCCGCACAGUCGUAUCCGGAGCCCCGCCCAACACCUUACUACCUCCUCCCAUACCACCUGGACCGUCUGAUCAGCGCAGCACGGCACUUCAACUGGCACCACGCAGUUCAAUUCCUCGAGCAAGGUCUCGAGAGCUUCACUUCCGCCCUCGAUAGCUUCAUCCCCGACCGCACAAAAUCCUGGCGCCUUCGCAUCGUCAUCGAGGAUAAACCAGGCGCCGGGUUAACAGUCGAUGCGAACCCAGCAGGCCCAAUUGACCCCCACCAGCUCCUUCUGUCUUUCGCGACCGAUGCAGCGCAACAGUCGACCCCAUGGCGCAUCUACGUGGACACCCAGUCUACGGUUCCAUCUGCUUUUACCACCCACAAAACCACGGCGCGAGAGUACUACACAGCCGCGCGGCAUCGCGCGGGUAUCAUAUCCCCUCAGGACCAAGUGGAAGUACUGGUGGUGAACCCCGCGGGCGAGAUAAUGGAGGGGAGCAUUACAACCCCAUAUUUCCGGCGGCGGGGAAGCUCUGUUAAUCAAGAUAACCCUGAUAAUCGUCUGGAAUGGAUCACGCCGCCGUUAUCGUGUGGCGGGAAUGCGGGGACGACGAGACGGUAUGCGCUGGCCCAGGGCUUCUGCACUGAGCAGGUAGUUCCGGCAUCGAAGCUGGUGGAUGGUGAAGAGUGUUGGAUCAGUAAUGGAGUUAGAGGGUUUAUGCGUGGGGUAGUUGUUCUUAGACAGCAAGCGUAGAAGUUAACAUUUCGUGCCUUGAUGUGAUAUCAGAUGCGUGAUGUAUGUCGAUGCAUAUAUAGCUCUCCACCCAAUAAAUAACUAUAUAUAUCCGAGGUCGGUUAUGCAUACAAGAAGCUCACGCCAACUAUCUUUAGCUCAAACCUUAGUUCAAUAACAAGGAACAUAAGACCCAAUUUGUUAUUGGAGCUAUUAUCAGCAUGCCGGUCUCUGUAGUCCUG